CGCAAAAAGCACGGCGAUCACCUCGCAGCACCUGCGCUACCGAGCACUCCGUCCUUUUCCCCUUUCGGGCCCGAUCCAUGCACACAUGCAACUAUGCUUCAACGGCCGCCUGCAGGCGAGCGCACCUCAGCAUGCCUGCACCGAGCCCAGAUCAUCACACCGUUCCCAAGACUGCACCAAACCCUAAUCCGCCGCGCAGGCACACAAUCGGCGAGCAGCCACCAAAUGGACAUGACUAGCCGCGUGAAGUUUGCUGCCAAUUGACCGUGACUCGAGCAGGAUCCGUCUACUUUUGCUGCUGGUUCUGUGUCACCAAACGACGACGUGGAAAUGAAGUACAGCAAGCGGCAGUCGUAGUCGACCACGCUGCAGAUCUAUUUGCAUGACCAGCGUGCCUCCGACGCCCUCCGCCCUGUAGCGGUAACCUGAGGCAGAUGCCGUUGCAAAAGCACGACAAACAACUCGACCUCAAAUGCGCGUCAUAUUAGCGCCUUCGGUAUUCGCGAAUCCUUCACUCGGCUGCAUCACAGCGAGCGCCCGGCGUGGAGCAGUUCGGGAGGCCUGCGAAACACUUCUGUGCAGCCACGGUGGCUACGCCAAGCGCCUGUUUCCAGAUCUUCAAACACCCCAUCGGCUGUCCAGCAUCCAGGCGCUGUUACUCAAGGGUCACCGGCUACCGAGUAAGUUGGCACUGAGAGCAAGUCUCCAAAGAGUAAGCCUCCAAACAACCACAUGUCAUGUGCGCAGCGAACGGAACAGUAUCAAAGCCAACGCCACCGUGUCGCGGACCUCAAACCACUCAGUUGCUGGAAUCCGGGGGCCGCUCAGCGUAUCGAGUGCCGCCGUUCCCUAUGCUUUCGAGUCCAGACUCGGAGUUCCGCCUAUAUAUCCCCUGCCUACUCCACUACAGCCGGCAAUACCACACGUGAGCGCGUCAGACCAGCCUCUUGGCGUUUCUGUAAUCAUCAAUCCAUUCUCAUCACAGUCCGGAAACGGCAGAUCCACAACUCAAAUACUCCUUCAGGCGCCCACACUCCCGUGAGAGAUGUCACAUUAACCUUCCUGCCUGAUGCUGCCAAAUGACUAAUCCGAUCGCCCGGCGUGCAGCACGCAAUAUUUGUCUGCCCGCUUACAUCGCCUUAUCCCAGCCGUAGUAGGUAUUCAAGUCCUCGCCACAUACAUCCCAGCCUCUCAGUUUGCAGGAUGAAUAGCGGACGAGGGAUGUAAGUAAGCCGAACCGAACCUUCCACCACCAUGCAACAGCAAAGUAGGCAGGAUCCCAAAAACUUUAGUAGAAUGCUUUUUUACCUACAAUACAGGUAACGCUUAACUUAAUCUCAGCAUUAAGUGUCAUGAUAGCUACAAGUUCCGUGUUCAAGCUGAUGCACUUAAAAGUUACUCAUCUGCAGUUUUUCCUGAAACGCGAGAGCCCCGACUCCACCUACAGUACCACUACGCCCC